AUUUUUUUGAAAGUCAACGUUGCACUUAAACGUUAGAUGUGACCACGAAUAACACUGAAAGACACUGGAAAAGUUUUCAAAAGGACGUUCUCAUUUUUUGUCUCUUUGGGGUAUUUGAAGACAGUUAGGUGACAUCCACCUGUGACAUUUUUCGUAACUAAACACAGGAAGUGUGGUUACCGAGCUGUCAUUUACCAGCAGACGGAAGUGUUAACAAACAACUCGUCUCGCAAAUGCGAGCGUUAUCACUCAUAUCGAAUUUCUUACAUACAGCUUAAUUAAAAAAAAAAAAAAAGUUUUUGCUUACCGACUAAUUACGAAAAGACAUUUUCAAGACAGAAAACUGAAAAUAACGUGAGGCUAAGAAGGAGAAAAAGAUUUGCAGGCUCCUAAGUUGCUGUGUCGUGACGACGGCAUCAUGUCCCCCUUCCUGAGAAUCAGUUUCAUGAACUUUGAGAUGGAUCCGGGAGUGGCGCAGUACGAAGAGAAGCUGAAGCCAUACUGUGUUGUGUACAUCAAGGAGGUGGUGGAGACAGAGAAGGGGCAGAUUUACAAGCAAAACAAACCCACCAUGUUCCCACGAUGGAACAGCACAUUUGACGCCCACAUCCACAAAGGCCGUGUCAUGCAUGUGGUGGUCACAGACAAGAUGGCGCAAUUCAAGUCUGAAGCCACAAUGCAGCUGGACGUCCUUGCUACACGCUGCAAGAAAGAGAACGGCAAGCUGGAGAUCUGGGUGGAGCUGAAACCAGUGGGUCGCUUGAUGAUGGAGGCCAGGUACUUCCUGGAGAAGAGUGACGCUACAGGGAAGACCAAGGGUGAGGAUGAAGUAGAUGCGGUUAAGGAAGGGCCCUUCACUCUCCACCAGCGACGCGGUGCCAUCAAGCAGGCCAAGGUCCACAUGGUGAAGGGCCACGAGUUCACAGCCACCUUCUUCCCACAACCGACCUUCUGCUCUGUCUGCCAGGAGUUUGUAUGGGGCCUGAAUAAGCAGGGUUACCAGUGUAAACAGUGCAGUGUGGCCAUACACAAGAAGUGUAUUGACAAAGUGAUCGCCACUUGCACAGGAUCAGCCAUCAACAGAAAUGAAACCAUGAACCUCAAGGAGCGGUUUAAUAUCGACAUGCCUCACAGGUUUAAAGUGUACAACUACAAGAGUCCCAGUUUCUGUCAGCACUGUGGAACGUUGCUGUGGGGUCUGGCUAAACAGGGCCUCAAGUGUGAAGAGUGUGGAAUGAAUGUGCAUCACAAGUGCCAGAUGAAAGUGGCCAACCUGUGUGGGGUGAAUCAAAAGCUGAUGGCUGAGACACUUCAAACCAUUGGGAUCACCCAGCAGGCCCGAAACUCCCGUGGAUUUGACAUAUUUGGGAGUGGCCCCACAGGGACCGGACAGGCAAGCCCCCUAGAGACGUCAGGCACUACAUCAUCAUCUGUGGCUCCAUCUACAAGCCGGAAAGAUUACCCAGGCAUCUUCUGGGACAGACCCAUGGAGGGAGAUCAAUUCGCCCCACAAGGCCAGGAGACGCCCUCUGUUUUACCAAAGAACGAGGCGUACAAGUUCACUAUCGACGACUUCACACUGCACAAGAUGCUGGGGAAGGGCAGCUUUGGCAAGGUGUUUUUAGCUGAACUCAAGCCGAACAAUCAGUUCUUCGCAAUAAAGGCCCUGAAGAAGGAUGUGGUACUGAUGGACGAUGAUGUUGAGUGCACCAUGGUGGAAAGGAGGGUUUUGUCUCUAGCCUGGGAGCAUCCUUUCCUCACACACCUAUACUGUACCUUCCAGACUAAGGAAAAUCUGUUUUUUGUAAUGGAGUACUUGAAUGGAGGUGACCUGAUGUUCCACAUACAGAACUGCCAAAAGUUUGACCUGCAAAGAUCCAUAUUCUAUGGUGCUGAGAUUAUAUGUGGUCUCCAGUUCCUUCACUCCAAAGGCAUCAUAUACAGGGACUUGAAACUGGACAAUGUGCUACUGGAUGCUGACGGGCACAUCAAGAUCGCUGACUUUGGCAUGUGUAAGGAGAGCAUGUAUGGAGAUGCCCGGACGUCCACCUUCUGCGGGACCCCAGACUACAUCGCACCCGAGAUCCUGCUGGAGCAGAAAUAUGGGUACUCUGUGGAUUGGUGGUCUUUUGGGGUCCUGCUGUACGAGAUGUUAAUUGGCCAGUCGCCUUUCCAUGGUCACGACGAGGAGGAGCUCUUCCAGUCCAUUCGCACAGAUGAUCCUGUCUAUCCUCCUUGGCUCUCCAUGGACGCCCAUGACAUUCUGGUUAAGCUCUUUGUGCGGGAGCCAGAGCGCCGGCUGGGAGUGAAAGGGAAUAUCCGGCAGCACAGCUUCUUCCGGGAUGUGGACUGGACUGCGCUGGAGGGCCGGCAGGUGGAGCCUCCAUUUCGACCAAUUGUGAAAUCCCCAAAUGACUGCAGUAACUUUGACCGAGAAUUCAUCAACGAGAAGCCCCGACUUUCCUGUGUGGACCGCACACUAAUUAACAGCGUGGACCAGACCAUGUUCCACGACUUCUCCUUCGUCACCCCUAGGAUGGAGCGCUUCAAGGGCCCCUGAUUAAUGCCCCUGAAAGGCAUUAAUAAGCGAUGUCACUGGCACGUUUGAGCCUGUGCCUUUGUCACAGGCAUCUCUCAACAUCAAUAUGAGGUAAUCAGCUGUGAUCAAUCACUGAGAUACAAGAGAAUGAUGGAUUCAAGUCGAAGAGGAAAUCAGCAGUAGUAAAUUUGCUGAAAUGAUGAGAAAAGUUUAUUGCGAGAGUAAAUAACUUGGGGUACAAGACCCAGCCUCUGGACUAAUUGCUAAUAGGUUUUGCACAAUAUUAAUGGCGAAUAGGAAUUUUCAGUGUUGAUUGCAUUGGAAUGAGAAAUUAUCAUUUGUGACCCCACAACUUAACUACCACAAUAUGGGCAACACGGGUAAAAUUCAGUAAUUUUCACCCUUGUGGAUCCCAAGUUCUAAUCUCCAUAUAUGCCAUAAGUAUCACAGUUGGUCAAAAGCUCUGUAGUACUGCAUUAAAAUGUUAUGGAUUCAAACUGG